CGGAGCCGGGAUUAGAACCCAGGCCCUUCCGAAUCCCAGGCCUGGGCUCCAUCUCCUGGGGCCGGGCCGCUCGUCCCGUCUCCCCGGCCUGUCUGCCGACUCUGCUACGUCGUACUCUCCCGCCGGCUUCGUCUGGUGCCCUGCCCACUCGGUGAAUACGGGUGAUCGAUGAAGGGGAAGGCGGCACACGGGCCAGGCCGGAGGCCGGACGGCCGCUGAGCCGGGCUCCCUCGGCGCCGGCCGCAUCCAGAUGAGGGGGAGACCCUCCCGGAGGGAUGCCCGCCCCCCGCCCGCACCCCCUUGUCCCGCUGCUGCUGCUGCUGCUGCUGCUCUCCUGUCAGGCUCCCUCCGCCCAGGUCCUGGAUUUCGUCUUCGAGAAGUGGAAGGGCUACAGCAACGAGUGCCUGCGAAACCUCAGCCUGCUGCCCCCUCCCACAGAGCUGGUCUGUAACCGGACGUUUGACAAGUAUUCCUGCUGGCCAGACGCCCUCCCCAACAGCACCGCCAACUCCUCCUGCCCCUGGUACCUGCCCUGGCACGACAAAGUGCGACACGGCCUGGCCUUCAAGAGGUGCGGGCCGGACGGGCAGUGGGUGAAGGAGCCUCGUAACGCCUCCCAGUGCGUGAUGGACGUCCAGGAAGUGGUGGCCCAGGAGAGGUUCGCCCGCACCUACAACAGCUUCCAGAUCAUGUACACCGUCGGCUACUCCGUGUCGCUGGGUGCCCUCCUCCUUGCCCUCUCCAUCCUGCUGGGCUUCAGCAAACUGCACUGUGUGCGGAAUUACAUCCACAUGAACCUGUUCGCCUCCUUCGUGCUGAAGGCCGGCUCCGUGCUGGUCAUCGACGCCCUCCUCAGGACCCGCUACAGCCAGAAGAUCGGCGACGACCUCAGCGUCAGCAUCUGGCUCGGCGACGAGGCGCUGGCCGGCUGCCGGGCGGCCACGGUGCUCAUGCAGUAUGGGAUCGUGGCCAACUACUGCUGGCUGUUGGUGGAGGGCAUCUACUUACACAACGUCCUGGUGUCGGCCGUCUUCUCGGAGAGGAGCUACUUCAACCUCUACCUGGGCAUCGGCUGGGGAGCACCCCGUCUCUUCCUCGUCCCCUGGGUGGUGCUGAGGGCACUGUUCGACAACAUCCAGUGUUGGAGCAGCAACAAUAACAUGGCCUUCUGGUGGAUCCUCCGCUUCCCCGUCUUCCUGGCCAUCUCGAUCAAUCUCUUCGUCUUCAUCCGCAUUAUCCAGAUCCUGGUCUCCAAGCUCCGAGCCCACCAGAUGCGUUACACCGACUACAAAUUCCGGCUGGCCAAGUCCACCCUGACCCUGAUCCCUCUGCUGGGCGUCCACGAGAUCGUGUUCGCCUUUGUGACGGACGAGCACGCCCAGGGGACCCUGCGCUUCGUCAAGCUCUUCUUCGACCUCUUCGUCAGCUCCUUCCAGGGGGUGCUCGUGGCCAUUCUCUACUGCUUCGUCAAUAAGGAGGUGCAGGGGGAGCUGGUGAAACGCUGGCGACGUUGGCAGCUGGGGAAGGCCCUGGAGGAGGAGCAGAGGCACACCUGCAGCCACACGGGCACCGCCCGUCCCGGAGAGAAACGCCAUCUGGUCGUCGGCCGCGGCGGCGCCGACGGGCCGGGGCGGGCCGGCCGGCCGCGGGGCCCCUCCCCGGGCGCUUCAUCGGGGAGGGACGGCGGCGGGCACCUCGGGGCGACGGCUUCCCCGCUGCUAACCGUUCCCCGACGGAGGCCGGGAGAGCGGGCUUCUGAGGGGGCCCCCGGGAGCCUGGAACCAGAGCCGCGAUCUCUCCCUCCCGGGCCGCCGACCCCGGCUUCCCGGCUCUCGCGGAGCCAACCGGGAGAAGAGGCCUCCUCGGGAGCUGCCGGAGAUCCCGGCUGGGCCCUGCGGGGCCCGUUCUCCGACGGGACGCUCCCGAAAGAAAAUCCGGGCGGAGAAUCCCCGUUCGGAUUCGGGGGCCGGGAUGGGAGGGUGGCGGUGUUCCCCGUGGGGCUGGAUGGGUGGGACAUCUUGGAUUGA